CCUCCCUUCGCUUGUCCUCUUCACUCUCAAGUUCCAAUUCCAAUCCCCCCCCCUCCUUCCCCCCUCAGAUCCGCGGAACCCAGAUACUGCACUGGCAGUGGGUCUUGUCUUGCUAUCCAUCUCCUUCCAAGCUCCCCGGGUUUGUUUGCUUGAUACGCAAUCAGGUCGUGUCCCGCCAUAUACUACCAACCACCAAACACCUGCGCAGAGGUGCGCCGUGGACCGUGAUGGCUCCUUCACAAGUCCCCCCCUCCGAUUCGCCAUCCCAGGCCGAUACCCCGAUGACCGAUGCGAACUUGGAGCCCGUCCCCGCGGUGCCGGUCGAUAGCGUAGACGCGCCGAUGACGGACUCCGAUACGAACCCCAACACCACGGCGAGCAGUGUUGCAGGCGACGCAGCCCCUUUGGAUGGCCGGAGGCGGAGGUCGGAAGCUUUCCACAUGAGGAAAGGUAUCUGGAGUAAAAAGCACGGCCGAUUGGACGAAUCCAAGGAAGAUGACUCUAUCCGGAGAUUCCGCUACCUGCUCGGCCUGACGGACCUGUUCCGUCAUUUCAUCGAAACGAACCCCAACCCGGAGAUCAAGGAGAUCAUGGCCGAGAUCGACCGGCAAAAUGCCGAAGAUGAAGCAAGGGCGAAGAAGAAGGGUUCCGCCCGCUCAGGUGGUGCGGGCGGAGACAGGCGGCGCAGAACAGAGCAGGAAGAGGAUGCCGAACUGUUGAAGGAUGAGCGAAGCGGCGCCGGAACGGGCACGGUCUUCCGGGAAUCCCCGCCCUUCGUUCAUGGCGAAAUGCGCGACUACCAGGUUGCGGGGUUGAACUGGCUGGUGUCUCUCCACGAGAACGGUAUCUCGGGUAUCCUGGCCGACGAGAUGGGUCUGGGAAAGACCCUGCAAACCAUCUCUUUCCUUGGCUACCUUCGACAUGUCUGCGGCAUCACCGGGCCUCAUCUUGUCGCUGUCCCGAAGUCCACCCUCGAUAACUGGAAGCGGGAGUUUGGAAAGUGGACGCCCGAGGUUAAGGUCCUUGUUCUGCAGGGUGACAAGGAACAGCGGCACAAAUUGAUUAAUGAGGAGCUCCUGGAGGAGAAUUUCGACGUCUGCAUCACCAGUUAUGAGAUGGUUCUGCGGGAAAAGUCGCACCUCAAGAAGUUCGCUUGGGAGUACAUCAUCAUCGAUGAAGCUCAUCGCAUCAAGAACGAGGAGUCGUCCCUUGCGCAGAUUAUUCGAGUGUUCCACUCCAGGAACCGGCUGCUGAUUACCGGAACCCCGCUCCAGAACAACCUUCACGAGCUUUGGGCCCUGCUCAACUUUUUGUUGCCGGAUGUAUUCGGUGACUCGGAGGCAUUCGACCAGUGGUUCUCCGGCCAAGACGCCGACCAGGAUACGGUUGUACAACAACUUCAUCGCGUUCUGCGGCCUUUCUUGCUGCGCCGUGUCAAGAGCGACGUGGAGAAGAGUCUGCUCCCUAAGAAGGAGGUCAAUCUUUACGUGCCUAUGUCGGAGAUGCAGGUCAAGUGGUAUCAGAAGAUUCUCGAAAAGGACAUCGACGCGGUCAACGGAGCCGCCGGUAAGCGUGAGUCGAAGACCCGUUUGUUGAACAUUGUCAUGCAGCUUCGCAAAUGUUGCAACCAUCCGUAUCUUUUCGAGGGAGCCGAGCCAGGUCCCCCGUACACGACCGAUGAGCACCUGGUUUUCAAUGCGGGUAAGAUGGUGAUUCUUGACAAGCUGCUGUCGCGUAUGCAAAAGCAAGGGAGUCGCGUGCUCAUUUUUUCCCAAAUGAGUCGUGUGCUUGACAUUCUGGAGGAUUACUGUGUGUUCCGGGAAUACAACUACUGCCGUAUCGACGGAACGACCGCCCAUGAGGACCGAAUCGCUGCAAUCGAUGAUUACAAUAAGCCCGGCUCUGAAAAGUUCGUCUUCCUGCUCACGACAAGAGCCGGAGGUCUGGGUAUCAACCUGACCACUGCGGAUAUUGUUGUUCUCUACGAUAGCGAUUGGAACCCUCAGGCGGAUCUGCAGGCCAUGGACCGUGCCCAUCGUAUUGGUCAGACCAAGCAGGUCGUGGUUUUCAGAUUUGUCACUGAGAACGCGAUUGAAGAAAAGGUGCUGGAGCGUGCCGCACAGAAGCUGCGGCUGGAUCAGCUUGUCAUCCAGCAAGGACGGGCCCAGCAGCAGACCAAGAAUGCCGCGUCCAAGGACGAGCUGCUCGGUAUGAUUCAACACGGUGCGGCCAACGUCUUCAACACGCAGGGCGGGUCCGGUUCCCUGCCAGACCACCAGUUCACCGAGGACGACAUCGACGAGAUCUUCCGCAAGGGCGAGGAGAGAACGGCGCUCUUGAGCAAGAAGUACGAAAAGCUCGGCAUCGACGACUUGCAGAAAUUCAGUUCCGAGAGCGCCUACGAGUGGAACGGUAAGGACUUCACGGAUCGUAAGAAGGACAUCGGCAUGAACUGGAUCAACCCGGCGAAGCGUGAGCGAAAGGAGCAGUUCUACUCCAUCGACAAGUACUAUCGCCAGGCGUUGGCUACCGGCGGCAGGACGGCAGAUCCCAAACCUAAGGUUCCUCGGGCACCGAAGCAGAUUUCUGUCCACGAUUGGCAGUUCUUCCCGCCAGGGCUUCAAGAGCUGCAGGAGAAGGAGACUGCCUACUUCCACAAGGAGAUCGGGUACAAGGUUCCUCUCUCUGACGGCCCUGAGGAGGAGCUCAGCGAGCGUGAGGCUGAGCGCGAUCUGGAGCAACAAGAAAUCGACAAUGCGGUACCUCUUACCGAGGAGGAGCAAGCAGAGAAAGCGAGGAUGUCCGAGGACGGCUUCUCCACCUGGAACCGCCGUGAUUUCCAACAAUUCGUGAAUGGUUCGGCCAAGUUUGGUCGUACUGACUACGCUGGGAUCGCCACCGAGGUUGACAGUAAAGAGCCAGAUGAGAUCGAGGAAUACGCGCAGGUCUUCUGGGAACGCUACACCGAGAUUCAAGACUACCCUAAGUACCUUCGGGUCAUUGACCAGGGUGAGGACAAGCUGCGGAAGAUGAACCACCAACGCAAGAUGCUCCGCAAGAAAAUGGAGAUGUACCGGGUUCCCCUGCAGCAACUCAAGAUCAACUACACCGUCUCGACCACCAACAAGAAGGUCUACACCGAAGAGGAGGACCGGUUCCUGUUGGUGAUGCUGGACAGGUAUGGAGUUGACGGCGAGGGUCUCUACGAAAAGAUCCGCGAUGAAAUCCGCGACUCCCCUCUAUUCCGAUUCGACUGGUUCUUCCUCAGUCGGACACCCGUCGAGAUCGGGCGCCGGUGCACUACUCUGCUGAACACCGUUGCGAAGGAAUUUGAGACAGAUGGGAAAGCCAACGGUGAAAACGGCAAAGGCCGCGGCCGUGACCGCGACGAGGAGGAACCCGAGGAGGAAGAAGGGCCCCCCGCCAAGAAGAAGACCAAGGGCGGUGCAGUAAACAAGCAAGUGAAAGCCGUCAAGGGUGGCACCAAAGCCAACUCCACCUCCACGUCCCGGGCAGCCAGCGUCUCCUCCAACACUGCGCCCAAAUCCAAGAGCCGCCGGAAGUAAUGAUUUCCGCCCCCCUUUUUUUUUUUUUUCUUUUAUCUUUUAUCUUUGGGUGGUAUAAGUUGAGGGGCGAUGACUGGGAAUUGUUAUGACUGGUUCUGUGUAGACUGCUUGGGAAGCCUUUUUGACAAUGUAAGGGAGAGGGGUUCAUUGGUUCUUUUUGUUCCAUAUAUGUCGGUUCCGGCGUUGGCAGAUAGAUGCCGUUG